AUGUCCAUCAUUGCCGACGGGCAGAAGCGAUGUCGACAAGCGGGCAUCAAGCAGGAACACCCCCGGAAAAGAGUGAAGACACUGGCCCCGUCGAGACUGCGGCUGUUCCCUGUGCGCGGCCGCAGGGGAGGCAAGAAGGCGGCAAGCACUCGGGAGGGCGCGAGGAAACCGCUGUUUCAUGAUGCGUGGCAACCGAAGUCGGAGUCAAAUGACGCGGAGCCCGCAGUGCAAGGUGCCCGGCGAACGGAGCCAGUUUUCAAGGAACAGCAGCUCCAACCUCGCGGCGAGGCCUUGAGGCAGCGAAAUGAUGGUCAGCGGCGGCGGCGGCAGCAAGCUCAAGAGGAAUGUCAACAUCAGGCACCAAACCCGCGCAUCCGCGAGAAGAUGGUGGGUGGCCGAAGCUCGGUUGCCUCUGUCGACGUGACUCCGACCAAACUACAGCCUGGCGAUCUGCCCAGUCCUUUCAGCCAAGCAAGCUGA